AUUAUCAAGCGGUUAUAAAAACCUUUUAAAAUUUAUAUAUUUUUUAAAAAUAAAUUUCAAAAAUUAAUUUAUUUACAGUGUUUACAGUAAAUACAAACAUGUAUUUUAAAUUAUUUUAUUCUCCUUGUGUCUUAAAAGUGCUUCUUAUGUUGACGGCAGCGCUUGUCCUUGUUCGGGCUCUCGAUUAUGAUUGUGAAGUGCAAGAACAACAAGAUAUCCCGCAAGCCAUACAAUUGCUUGGCGAAAUGAAUAGUAACGUUAAGCAGGUUACAGAUCUCGUUGAAGGAAUGCUACAGCGCGUUAAACGCGGUGAGCUCACUACAGAAUAUGGUUUAAGUUUCCUUGAAGUUAAAUAUCACAUGUUACUCGACUAUCUUAUCAACCUUACGUAUGUGGUGUUAAGAAAAUGCUCGGGAGAAACCAUCGAAGGUGAUCCUUCUAUAGAGCGUUUAAUUGAAAUACGUACUGUGCUUGAAAAAAUUCGACCAAUUGAUUACAAAUUACGCUAUCAAAUUGAUAAACUAGUUAAGACGGCCACCACAGGAGUGACAAGUGCUACAGAUCCAAUUUUAUAUAAGCCAAAUCCAGACAACAUGUUAAGCAAUGAUAUCGAUGCUGAAGGCAAGGAAGAUGACGAAGAGGAAUUAGAAGAUGAGGAAGAUGAUAGUGAUAGCGAAUCCGAAGAUGAAGAGAAAGGUUUGAAGAGGCCUAAAAAGGCGGCAACAGCUGGCAAACCGGGUAUUUAUGUACCACCAAAAAUAAAACCAGUUUACUAUGACGGUGACGAGAAGCCUGAAGAUAAGGAAAAGAAGAUUUUGGAAAGAGCCAAAAAACGAGCAAUCACGUCUUCUAUGCUGCAAGAUUUAAAGGAGGAAUAUUUGGAUGUUCCCACAGAAAUCUCAUCCACCUCGAGAGCCCAGCAAAUACUAUCGAAGGCACAAAAAGAGAAGCAAGAAUACGAAGAGACUUAUUUAACUCGCUUACCCGUGACCAAAGCCGAAAAGCAUCGUCAGCGCAAAUUAACGACUUUAGGCACCUUGGGUGACGAAAUUUUGGGGGAAAUUAGCCGCGACGCCGCCUUACGUGGUGAUACAUUAACGGGCAGCAGCAAAAAACGUAAAGCCAAAAUGGGUAAAGGUAAAAAGAAAGGCAGCAAAAAACGUAAAUUCCAUUAAAAGGGAACUAAAAAAAAUAAUAAUUUUCAUAAAAUCUCCGCAUUCAUCCUUUAUUACUUUCCUAAACCCCUGGGAAAAAAAAAACUAUAAUUUUAUGUUAAAAAAUGUAUAAGAAAAAAAUAGCAUUUUAAAGACAUGGAAAU